CAGCCAGUGGAGCCGGUCCGCGGCUGCUGCUGCUGCCGGAAUGUAGCUGUGCUCUCAGUGUGCUGCGGAGGAGGACGCCGUUGCGAGAUUGGAAGAUGGCGACCGUUUGGAGGCUGUUAAGGACACGCCGGAGCUGAUACCCGGAGACGAGCGGACCUUUAAAACACAGUCACGGAAGAGCACGUCUUAAGCGGCGGUACUGUCGACGCUCCCACGGCUGAAAGGGCUGAAAGUGACGGCGUCAUUCGUGAGAAAGCCUCACCAAAAGAACGAUGCGUCCGCCGCACCAGCUAAUUAGCGCACUGAUUCUGUUGAAGCUAACGUUAGCACAGAUUACCAGCAGUAACACAAGGAAGUCAGCACCCGUUUACUCGUUUAUCAUUGAGACUGUUGAGUAGUUGGAACACAGCACAAUUAGGGGAUUUUUAAAAGACCAUAAUGUCCCAAACAACCAACUGUGACGAUGGAUGCUUUGUUGCCAUGGACACUGAGGACGAUGGCGCCGACCCCGCUGGAAGAAUAGAAGCCCUUGAUUCAAAGACGGGGUCCUAUCGGGAAGAAGGGGACAUGGACACUUGUGCCAAAGCGGGAGGGAGAACCAUGAUGGAGCUGCCAGAGGAAGUCCUUGAAUAUAUUCUGUCCUUUCUGUCACCCUACCAGGAGCACAAAAUGGCUGCGCUUGUAUGCAAGCAGUGGUAUCGCCUCAUUAAAGGUGUUGCUUAUCAGUGCUAUCAUGGGUUCAUGAGAGCUGUCCAGGAUGGAAACAUUCAAUGGGAAAGUCGAACAUACCCGUAUCCAGGAACUCCAAUUACGCAGCGCUUUUCACACAGUGCAUGUUAUUAUGACUCAAACCAGUCCAUGUAUGUGUUUGGGGGCUGCACCCAGAGUAGCUGCAAUGCUGCCUUUAAUGAUUUAUGGAGACUCGACCUGAACAGCAAGGAGUGGAUCCGUCCUCUAGCUUCAGGCUCAUAUCCAUCUCCUAAAGCUGGAGCAACUCUCGUGAUGCACAAAGAUCUGUUAGUGCUGUUUGGAGGGUGGACUAGACCUAGUCCUUACCCACUGCACCAACCAGAGAGAUUUUUCGAUGAAAUCCACACCUACUCCCCUUCAAAGAACUGGUGGAACUGUAUAGUAACGACACAAGGACCGCCACCCAUGGCUGGCCACUCUUCAUCUGUUAUUGGAAACAUCAUGGUGGUGUUUGGAGGCUCUUUAGGAGCACGGCAAAUGAGUAAUGAUGUGUGGGUUUUGGAUCUGGAACAGUGGUCCUGGUCGAAACCAGCCAUAUCAGGCCACUGCCCACACCCGCGAGGUGGCCAGUCACAGAUUGUGAUUGAUGAUCACACGCUGCUCAUUUUGGGAGGCUGUGGAGGCCCAAAUGCUCUCCUCAAGGAUGCCUGGCUGCUUCACAUAGAUGUGCCCACGUGGAGGUGGCAGCAGCUGCAGGUGGAAAACGAGGAUCACGGUGCCCCGGAGCUGUGGUGCCACCCAGCUUGCAGAGUGGGCCAGUGUGUGGUGGUCUUCUCGCAGGCUCCUUCUGGCCGCGCACCACUCAGCCCAAGUCUUAACUCUCGGCCCUCCCCAAUAAGUGCCAUACCUGCCCCUCUGGGCCCGGAACCGCCUUCUUUGCGCUCUCAGUCUCCCGUGCGGAGUGGGGCAGCUGGCGUCGUUCUCGGUGCUGUCGAAGAGGCUCCCUGCGUGAACGGCCGAUGGGGCACGCUGAGACCCCGACCUUCAGCCAGAGGAAGCGCCAGGGACGGCAGCCCAUCAUCUUCCCAGCAGCCGUCUCCUUCACACUGCCCCGACAGCCCCCCACAGCCUCCGCCAUUACUAAAUGGCUCCUCCCCUUCCCCGCGGACCAGUCCGGCACAGGCUGCAUCGCCGCCCCUUCGCGCCCAUCCGCCUGCCUCUACAGACUAUAGCUGGGAGGCAGCACACCACCCCGAAGUGCCCAGCACUAACGGCCUGUACACACCUCCUACGGGUUCCCCGCGCACUCCACCGGGAGCAGUUUCCCCCGCUGCCUUACGACGAGGCCUGGAGGCGGUCAAAAACACAUCUUCCCCUUCUUUACCGUCUUCGUUAUCGUCGCCUUCCCUUCAAACACAGGGACCUUCUGCUGGAGGAGGAAGUGGUGGAGCAGGAGCGGGCCCCCCUGGAACUUCCCCGUCUUCCUCCUCUAGCCCCCCGCAGGCUGCAGGAGCAGACGGACACGCUAUCCCCCCGAUUGCCCGGCGCCUCGGCCAUCAUCCUCCUCAGAGUCUGAACGUAGGAAAACCUCUGUAUCAGUCGCUCAAUUGCAAGCCAAUGCAGAUGUACGUGUUAGACGUGUCACGCGCCAAAACUGCUGGCACUGUGGCUUGGAGAGUUUAUGGAAACGGGACUCCUGCUGCAGUUACGGGGCCCCCAGAGACCAGCCUCCACACUGUGGUGCAGGGCAGGGGAGAGCUUAUUAUUUUCGGAGGCCUCAUGGACAAGAAACAGAACGUGAAGUACUACCCUAAGACAAACGCCUUGUACUUUGUCCGUGCAAAGAGGUAAUAACGGAGCGCAGGGGAUCAUAGGGAUUCAGCCCAUGACCACACAAGGGAAUUGACACAUAAGGCCUUUUUCUUAUAGGAAGGAUUAUUGGGGAAUCUGUCAGAUGUUCCACUUCACAAUCUUCUCCCUCCUGGCUUCUGCAAAAUAAAACAUCUUAGCCACAUUUUGAUUAAAAAAAAAUAAAUACAUGACUUAGGCGUUAUUUUUGACUGCAUUGAUCCUACAUGACAUUAUUAGCUCCAAAUAGACUAAUCAAACAGACCAUAACAUUUCCGCUUCUGUCGUCUUCUGAACUCUUAAGGAAGGACGCUGUUGAGAGAAACGCAUGACGACUACCUUGCUUUUGGUAUCAUUCUUUAAGCCUGCAAUGUUUACAUUGAGAACUGUGUGUGUGUAUGUGUAUGCGCGCGUUUAUGCUCGGUGGUGGUUAAAAGUUGUGAGAGAUGUGGCACUAUACUAUAAACAUAGUAAAACAAUAAAGGCCUCCACGUCUCCUCUCUGUCCAUGUGUGGUGUACUUGACUUAACAGACCCAUCACAACUUGUAGUCUGUAAUACUAAGCUUUUAUUAAAGCCUCAGUCAGUUAUUUUCCUGGUAAGUGAAAAAUCCAUCACCCAUUUCUUUGGAUACACCAUGGAUCUCAUCAGAUUGUGCAUGUAAACUGUUUUGACGGUGCAGUAAAGCAGCAGUAAAGGAUUGAAAUUCACUUUCUAAGAAAAAAAAAAAAAAGCCACUGCUUUUGUCCAUCCAUCCAUGCAUCCAUUUUUAAUAGCGCUUG